CAGCAGCCAGCCCGGCCCCGCGGCCCCCGCGCCGUAUAAAUAGAGGCGGCGAGCAGCAGAGAGCUCCUGGCAGCCACCAUGAAGCGCCUCAACCUGCUGUGCUGCUGCGUGGCCUCGCUCCUGCUCCUCGGCACAGCAGAAGAGGUUGAGGAUGCCAGCGAGCCCACCAAGCGCGACCGGUCCCACUUGGAGAGCACCCUCAAGUUGAAUGAAGACAAACCUGCCGAUGAUGUCUCAGGAGUACUGCAGCGGCUGAGGAAGAUCUACCACUCCUCCAUCAAGCCCCUGGAGCAGUCCUACAGAUACAAUGAGCUGAGGCAGCACGAGAUCACAGCUUACCCCGGACGCACCCUGGGCUCCUCCGCCACAGAUGGGGAGAUCACUUCCAAGCCGAUGGUGCUAUUCCUGGGACCGUGGAGCGUCGGUAAAUCCUCCAUGAUAAACUACCUCCUAGGGCUGGACGACACUCCCUACCAGCUCUACACAGGGGCAGAACCCACCACCUCUGAAUUCACCGUCAUCAUGCACGGCCCCAAGCUGAAGACCAUCGAGGGCAUCGUGAUGGCUGCAGACAGCGCGCGCUCCUUCUCACCCCUGGAGAAGUUUGGGCAGAACUUCUUGGAGAAGCUGAUAGGGAUAGAGGUGCCCCACAAGCUCCUGGAGCGAGUCACCUUCGUGGACACGCCAGGCAUCAUUGAAAACCGCAAGCAGCAAGAACGAGGUUACCCGUUCAACGACGUGUGCCAGUGGUUCAUCGACAGAGCUGAUCUCAUCUUUGUUGUCUUUGAUCCUACGAAGCUGGACGUGGGCUUGGAGCUGGAGAUGCUGUUCCGCCAGCUGAAGGGCCGAGAGUCCCAGAUCCGAAUCAUCCUGAACAAAGCCGACAGCCUGGCUACCCAGGAGCUUAUGAGAGUCUACGGUGCCUUGUUCUGGAGCCUGGCUCCUCUGAUCAACGUCACAGAGCCACCCAGGGUGUACGUUAGCUCCUUCUGGCCCCACGAGUAUCAUCCGGACACCCACAAAGACCUGUUCCUCAAAGAAGAGAUAUCACUCCUGGAAGAUCUCAACCAGGUGAUUGAGAACAGGAUGGAAAAUAAGAUCGCCUUCAUACGCCAACACGCCAUCCGGGUGCGCAUCCACGCCCUUUUGGUCGAUCGCUAUCUCCAGACCUACAAGGACAAAAUGACCUUCUUUAGUGAUGGAGAACUGGUGUUCAGAGACAUUGUGGAAGAUCCUGACAAGUUCUUUAUCUUUAAGUCCAUUCUGGCAAAGACCAAUGUCAGCAAAUUUGACCUCCCCAACCGCGAGGCUUACAAGGACUUCUUUGGCAUCAACCCCAUCACCAGUUUUAAGCUGCUGUCUCAGCAGUGUUCCUACAUGGGCGGGUGCUUCCUCGAGAAGAUCGAGAAGGCCAUCACCCGCGAGCUUCCCGAUCUGCUGGGGAGCAUUGGCCUGGGGAAGAAGCCCAAUGUUCUCUCCUGCGACAUCACCGGCUGUGGCGAAAACCCAAAGAAUCGCUACAAGAAGCCGUAAGGUUUCUGUAACACAACAGUCCACGUGUUCCUACCGGUGAAUGAGCUGAUGUCUUAUCUGUCCAAGAAGCCGUGGUCUGUUAACCCUUUGAGUGCCACACUGGCAAAGGCUACUGUACAAUGAGGACUUUGAGUCAUUGACAUCAAUGGCAGGGGAAGAUGGGUGGGCAUAAGAAAGAGAAUAAAAACUGUGAAUUCCUGA